AUGGUAUCUUUGCCCACUCGGAGAAGUGAGGAAGAUGUAAAAUCAAAAAAAGCAGCACGCGUGAAAAAAGUAAAUACAAAGAAUCCUGAAUAUUGUUUAAGUUCUACAAUUGAUCCACACUUAGAUAAGCUUUUGACAAAAAGCAAAUCUGCUGUCGAUAAGGUACUCAACACAACUAAACUUGCUGCAGAUCCAACUUCUGAAAUCAUAAGCAAAAGACAAAAAAAGAAAAUGAACAAGGAAAGGCGAGAUAAGGUGUGUAGUGACAAAUGGUUCAAUAUGAAAGCACCUGAGCUGACCAAGGAUGUUAAAAACCAAUUGUCAGUUCUCCAGUUGAGAGAGAUUUUGGAUCGCAAGAAUUUCUACAAGAGUAAUGACCGGAAAAAAUUCCCCAAAUUUUUCCAGAUGGGUAAAGUUGUUGAAAGUCCUGCUGAUUUCUAUCAUGCUCGUAUUCCUAAGAAACAAAGGAAAGCCACUCUACUGGAUGAGGUGAUGGCAGAUGCCGACCUGAGGAAGUACCAGAAGAGAAAAUAUGCUGAAAUAUUUGGAGAUGCCAAAAAGACAAAAAACAAAAAGAAACGAAAACCUUACUUUCUCUUUUUCACUUUUAUUUUACUCUCUUUCUUUCUUUCUUUUUCUUUUUUUCUUUUUCUUUUUUUCUUUUUUUUUUUAUUCUCUUUUUGCUAUCACUAUUCUCUUGUCUUAAUUUCACUACCCAGCAAACUGCGUAUUUUGCUUACUAUCAUCUCUCUUUAUCAAAAUCUUUUUUUUUCUCUCUCUCUCUCUAUCUCUCUCUCUCUCUCUCUCUCUCAUCAUAUUCUCAAUAACAUUGAAAAUUAA